AUGCCGUACGCAGGAGAGGGGACCCAGGGGCCCCGCAGGGGAGGCCGAGCAGCAGCAGGGGGGGGAGAGGGGCCCCCCCCGCGGCAGCAGCGGGGUUCGAAGGAGGGCUGGCGAUCGGAGGGUUCUAAGAAGCAGCAGCAGCAGCAGCAGCAGCAGCAGCAGCAGCAGCAGCAGCGGCAGCAGAGUGCGGCGCCCAACGAGCCAGAUGAACCCUACACCCAGCAGCUGCAGGGGCCCCACAGCGGCCCCCAAGCUGCUGCAGCAGCAUACACAAGGGAAAGCUAUCAACUGAGUGCAGCAGCAGCAGCAGCUGCUUCGCGGCAGCAGGAGGAGGAGACACGGCAUCAGCAGCAUCUGCUGCAGCAGCAGCAUGCGCAGCACCAGCAGCUGCUGCAGCAGCAGCAGCACCUGCAGCAACAACAGGUCCUAGAUCCAUACAGCAGUAGUGUUGCUGCGUAUGAAGCAGCAUAUGCUGCUGCUGCUGCUGCUGCUGCUCCCUCUCUAUAUGGUAGCUUAACGCCUGCAGCAGCAGCAGCAACAAACACAGCACUGCAGCACCUGCAGCACCUGCAGCAGCUGCAGCAGAUGGGUGUUGCUACGCAGCUGGGGCCCCUGCCCCCCUAUUGUCUAAGUGACCUUACACCUCUGGGGAGUCUAGAUCAGCAGCAGCUGCAGCAGCAGCAGCUGCAGCAGCAGCAGCUGCAACAAAUGCAGCAGCAGCAACUGCAGCAGCAGCAGCUCCAGCAGAUGCAAAUGCCUAUGCUUUAUGCUAUGCAGCAGCCAGGUGGGUCCCCCAUAGAGCUGCAGCAGCAGCAGGCGUUGGUGCUGCAGCAGCAGCUACAGCUGCAGCAGCUGCAGCAGCACAUGCAGCAGCAAGACCCCUAUCUGCAGCAGCAGCCGUAUGCAUAUACACUCGCGCAGCAGGCGAAGCUGUCAGCUGCUUAUGGGGUCCCUGCUGCUCUGCUGCCGCAGAUGCAGCAGCUGCAGCAGCAGCAGCACUUGCAGGCACUGCAGCAGCAGCAGCUGCAGCAGCAGCAGAAGCUACAUGAACAGGCGAAACAAACCCAGCACCAGGACCUGCAGCAGCAGCUGCUGCAGUCUGAGCAGCAAAGACAGCGAGACCAGCAGCAGCACGCAGUGCCCGGCGAGAGCAAAGGCCAAGACAGCGAGACCAGCAGCAGCACGCAGUGCCCGGCGAGAGCAAAGGCCACCGAGCAGCAGCAGCAGCAGCAGCAGAAGCAGCACAAGCAGCAGCAGUCUCGCAGCCAGUCAGAUGAACCGCCGCCUCUUCAGCAGCAGCAGCAGCAGCAGCAGCUGCCACCGCAGCAGCAGCAGCAGCAGCAGCAGCAGCAACGGGCAGCUGAUAACCACAGACCAAGACAGACAGCCCAAGGAGCCCACAGACUCAGCAACACCCGCAGCAGGGGCGGCAGAGCGAACCGCAGCACAGCAGCAGAUGUUGGGCCUGCAGCAGCAGCAGCAGCAGCAGCAGCUGCUGCUGCUGCUGCUGCUGCUCCUCUCUCGCCUGCAGCGCAGGAAACGGAUUUCUGCCCAAGUCACGCUUCACAGCAGCCGCAGCAGCAGCAGCCGCCGCCGCCGCCCCCGCAGCAGCAGCAGCAGCAGCAGCAGCAGCAACAGCAGCAGCAGCAUCAGCAUGCUGGUGGGGGUCUCCCAUGCAGAAGUUCCGACUGUGGGGCUGCGCUGUCUGCUGCACGCAUGCAGCAGCACAGCGGUAGCCAUCCGCUGCAGCAGCAGCAGCAGCAGCAGCAGCAGCAGCAGCAAGGCCCACGUCGGCAGCACGGCAGGGCCCCCAUCCACGACGCCCGAGGAACUCCCCCAGGCGGCCAUUCGCUGCAGCGUCGCAGCAGCCAGCCAGAGGGAGACAGGCAGCAGCAGCAGCAGCAGCAGCAGCAGCAGCAGAUGAGAAGUGAAGGGCAGCAGAGGCAUCCGGCAGCAGCAGCAGCAGCAGCAGCUGCUGCUGUCGGCGCAGUAGCGCAGCACCAGCAGCGCCACGAGCGCGGUCCCGCGCGACAGUAUCCUUCUGACUCACAGCAGCAGCAGCAGCAGCAGCAGCAAUCGCAGCAGCAGCAGCAGCAGCAGCAGCAGAAGCCGCGUCGAGGCGGCCGCCAGCAGCAAAGUAGAUUCGGAGGAGGAGGCGAAGGGUACCUGGGGCCCCUAGGCGACGGCACCAGGGGCCCCCGCCUGGGGCCCUCUUCUGCGUCUGCAGGUGAGAUGGAUGGCUCAGCAGCAGCAGCAACAGCAGCAGCAGCAGCAGCAGCAGCAAUGGCAGCGGUAACAGCAACAGCAGUAACGACAGCAACUGCAGGAGCAACAGUAGCAGCAACACCAGCACCAGCAGCAGCACAAGCAGCAGCACCAACAGCACCAGCAGCAGCAGCACCAGCAGCAGCAGCACCAGCGGCAGCAGCAGCAGCAGCAUCACCACCAGCAGCAGCAGCAGCAGCAGCAGCAUGCAUGCAUGUAUUGUGUUGCGUGCAUG